CAAAAAUAGCUCAUUCUUAUUGAACAGUAAAGAGCUGAAAAUUUUUGUCCUACUUCGGGGGAUUUGCAUAAAUCAUCUCGAGAAAUAUCCCGGUCCAUUAACAUCAAACAGACGCGUCUAUAGAUUCAAUGCGUUGUUAUUCAGGUACUUGAUACAUGAUGUCUAGAAAAAAAAUAGAAAAAAAAAAGCUUUGAUUGAAUACAAACAAGCCUAUCGUCUAUAUACUCCAUCUUAUUAUACAAGCUCAAGAUUACCUUUUGAAGCUCCGUGAAUAUAAUUCCCUCUUCCUCCUCCCUCCUGUUAUUUAUUUAUUUAUUUUUAUCUUUUUUCUUUUCUCAUGGCUUUAGCAUCCAAAACGUUAAUUAUCCUAGCUUCGGCUACGACACAGCAUCAAUUAGAGAAAGACAUCAAGGAACGUUAUGACUCGACAUUUUUACGUUUUCGAGGUGUACCUAAAGGUCUAUUGCCUAUUUCUGGUAAACCUGUCUUGACUUGGUGGUAUGAUGAUGUCAAACAUCACUUUAAGGAUAUUUAUAUUGUAUCCAAUGCAUACAAUUUUAAACAUUUUGAACGUUGGGCAAGUGGCGUGAGUUUUUCUCGACAGAAUGUACUCAAUAGUGGACUCAGUACGGGUGUUUUGUCUGAUAUUGCUUUUGUUCAUCGUGUCAAGAACAUACAGAGUGAUGUUGUCAUUACUUCACCUGAAGCAUUUUGUGAUACCAAGGAUAUCCUUUCCUUACUUUCAAGAACAAGGAAUUUUGUGUAUUACAAUCAACAGAACAUCCCUUUUGCAUUUGGUAUGAGUUAUCAAGUUCUUGAAGGUUUAGAUGAUGUGAAUGAAAAGAAGUUGGCCACGUCUGCCAAGGAUCUUGAACAUGGUUGGCCAGAUGAAUUAGACAGUUAUAUGCAACAACAGCCAGACACUCGUCUUGAGACAGUCGAGAACAGUCCCUUACUCAACUAUGUCCAUCCAAACCUUUCUUUACAAGACUAUCUGAAUCAAUGGGAAUCAUGCUUAGACCAUCGACUCAAGUUAGACACACCAUGCCAAACAGAACCCAUCCAUAUGAAGGCUUAUGCUCGUGUAGGACUCAUGGGUAAUCCAAGUGACGGAUUUUAUGGCAAGACCCUAUCCUUACUGAUUUCUAACUUUUGGGCCGAAGUCACUUUGAUUCCAAACAGUCCAGAUGAUAAACAACUUGAAGCCAUCCGUAUUCUGCCUAAUCCUGUCUCUGAUCCACACAAGUUUGCUUCCAUGGCAUCGCUUGUGGGUAUUUCUGACAUUGAUGGCUAUGAUACAGGUGAUCGUCUCUUACAGGCCUGUUGUAAGGUGUUCUAUACAUACUGUCAAUCCCACCAAAUACCAAUCGAUACGCAUCAAGGGUUUCGGAUGAUGUUUGAAACCAACAUUCCUCGUCAAGUGGGUCUAGCAGGUUCUUCUGCGAUUAUUACAGCACUCUGGAAAGCCUUGGCCAAAUUCUAUGGUGUGACAAGAGAACAGAUUCCAUUGGAAUUACAGGCAAGUUUAGUGUUAAAGGUAGAGCAAGAAGAAUUAUCGAUUGCUGCUGGUCUUCAAGACAGAGUAAUCCAGUCGUAUGGAGGAUUGGUCUAUAUGGACUUUGAUCGAGCCUAUAUGGAUCAACAUGGUCAUGGUAAAUACGAGUCGUUGGAUGUCCAGCUGUUGCCUAAAUUAUGGUUGGCUUAUGUGGCUGAUCCUGAAGAUUCUGGAAAAGUACAUAGUACAGUCAAACAACGAUUUUUAAAUGGAGAUCAAGAGAUUGUUACUGCCAUGAAGAAGUUUGGUUCAUUGACAGACCAAGCCCGUGAAAGCUUAGAGAACCAUGACCACAAGCGAUUUGCUGAAUUGAUGUCAGCCAACUUUGAUCUUCGCCGAGAAACGUAUGGCGAUUCUGUUGUGGGUGCUUCGAAUUUAAGAAUGAUUGAAUUAGCAAGACAACAUAACUGUGCAGCUAAAUUUCCAGGGAGUGGUGGUGCUAUCGUAGGCAUGUGGAAUCCCAACCACAACACUGACACACAAGCAAAAGAUUUGCUUCAUUUGAGACGUGUAUUAGAAAGUGAAGGCUAUGUGUUUUUAGAGAUAUUCCCCCAAACUUUAUGAACAAUAAAGGAUUAUUUAGGA